GAGACAAAUUACGCAAUGGAUGUAACACUAGACGAUCAUUUAAGUGCACUUCAACAAAUAAGCCAAAGAAAGCUGGUAGAAAUUUUGGAUGCUAUACCUGGAAAGAAAGAUCUCGUAAUAGAACAAAAGCUUAUGAAAAUACUCGAUUCUUUCAUUGGAGUAUCCGUUUUGAAGAAAUAUGGAGUUGACAAGAUAUUCAGGUUUGCUCAAGGCUUGAAACCAUCCAAUGUUCAAAGAAUUUACAUUAUUAGGUGUGAUUUAGUGGCAUGUCAAAAUGCUUUUGACCAAAUUAGAUCUGAGCUAUCUCAAACACCAGGUCUUUGUCAUCAUAUGUUGAUAGCACCACUGGUACCAAUUGCAUUGGACAAUCUUCUUGAAGAAAAUGGACUGUCUGGAUUGGUAACAAUGAGACCACUAGCUUGGGAAUUUAUAAAAAGUGAUGGAAAUGUCUUAUCUCUUGAAAUACCAAUGUUUACCGAUUUAUUUUACCACAAGGAUACAGGCUUACUUCCAUCCUUGGCCAGAAAUUUAUGGACAUUGAGAAUGAUCCUUGGAGCUCCAAAUUUCACAUUUGCCUUAGGAAAACAUAGUCAACAAAUUUUAAAAAUGAUCUCGUCCAUAGAUGAAUCUUUGGGUGCACCAAGUAAACAACAAGAAAUCGGUGCCUUUAUAUUAAUGGAUAGAAAUCAUGAUUAUGUUUCAACUUUACUUACUCCAGUGACUUACUUAGGACUGCUAAGUGAAGUUGUUGAAAUAAAUAUAGACUCGGCAUCUUUAGAUAAAAUGCAGACAAAGUUAGAUCCCAGGAAAGAUGAAGUUUAUGCCGAAGUCAGGGAUAAACACUUUAGUGAUGCUUUUCCAACUUUGCGUACAAAAGCAAAAUCUCUUAAAUCUGAACAAGAGGCAAUGCAAUCAAUGCAAUUAGCAGAAAUGAAACAUUACAUUCAAACUAGUUUGCAAAAAACAACGAAAACCAAACAACAGCUUGAAUUUCAUAUUUCUGCAUGUGAAGCUGCGGUAAAUGCCCUUGCUUCUAAAUUUGAAGAAUUACAUUCCAUUGAAAUUUCAAUUCUCGAAUGUAAUAGAAGAUCUGAAUGUUUAGAUUAUAUUUUAAAAAACAUUGAUGAUAACCCAAAUCAAAGUCUUAGACUUUUUUCGUUACUGUCAAUAACAAGUGACGGUGUAACUAACAAUGAAAUAUUGCCGUUACAAAAAGCUCAUUUACAUUUAAAUGGGUAUCAACAUAUACCUCUUUUUUAUAAAAUGGAAACUGCAGGACUUUUGAACAUUAAAACUGAAAAUGUUCUGAAAAAAUUACCAAACUGGACAAGCAAAUGGACAGCUAAUGCGAAACGUCUUAAAUUACUUCCUAGUCCAUCAAAACCCAUUGAUUUGAAAGGACCGACGUGUCCAAGUUACGUUUUCAGUGGAUCUUAUAUACCAUUAAUAGCUCAAAUUUUAAGUACCGUCAAUUCACAAAUAACCGAUCAUAAAAGCUUUGAAGAACUAAGUAACCUGGCAGGAUCUUUUUCUACUGGAAUCCAAGGACCAAUUCAUCCGCCAACUGUAGUAAUUUGUGUAGUUGGUGGAAUAACUGUCAGUGAAAUAUCUGCUUGUAGGCUUAUAGAAAAAGCAGCUGGAAUCAAGUUGGUAUUGACUUCAGACUGUAUUCUAACAGGAAGUAAAAUCAUCGAAAGCUUGCAAAAUGUAUGA